AUGGGGCGGAAGCUGGACCCCACCAGGAAGGAGAAGCGCGGCCCCGGGCGCAAGGCCCGUAAGCAGCGGGGGGCCGAGGUGGAGCUGGCCCGCUUCCUGCCGCCAGAGCCGGAGACCGGCAGGAAGAAGCUCUCCAGUCACGGGAGGAAGAGGGCUGCUAAGAGGCGACUGGGAGCGGGCAGUGCCCCGACGGGGAGGAGGCCGCUCGGAGGAGGAGGAGGAGGGCGGGAGCCGGCAGUUAAAGAGCAGGUAUCCCCACAGAAGGAGAAACAAGCCAUAAAGGCAGCAGGACAAACCCCUCGUGGCCAGUCUGGCUUCAGUGAUGCCAAUUCAAAAUGGCUGGCUCCGGCCAAAGCCACGAAAAUCCUGGCUAAAGGAAACAACAUGGAGUUAUCCAGCGAUGGUGAGGUGGAAGAGGGCAGCUGGGAGAUGGAAGAGGAGGAAGAUGGGAGCAGCGAGGAGAUGGUGGAUGAUUAUGGUGCCUCAUCAGAGGAAGAAGAGUUGCUGCCUAUUGAAAAAGCUGCCCUGAAGCAGAAGUCUGACAGGGGAGGCCUCAGUGAAGAUGACAGUGAAGAGGAGGAGGAGGAGGUGGCAGCGGCAGUAGAGGAGGCAAGCAGGCAGAAAAUGGGACAGAAGGAGGAAGAGAGCCCGGAUCUGCAGCUCAACCUGGAUAUAGAUGAACAAUUUAAACUGCCAACUAAUGAACAGAUUGAGAGAGAGGCUGCUGAGCCGCCUGACCUGCACAUCAUUCACCAGCGCAUCAAGGGCAAUAUGGAGGUGCUGCAGGACUUUGUGGUGAAGCGGGAGGAAGGACGCACGCGACAGGAGUACCUCGCGUUGUUGCGCCGGGACAUGGCUGCCUACUAUUCCUACAGCGACUUCUUGCUCAUGAAGCUCAUGGACAUCUUCCCACUCCCUGAGCUGAUAAACUUCCUGGAAGCCAAUGAGGUUCCCCGCCCUGUGACCAUUCGCACCAACACACUCAAGACGCGGCGACGGGACCUGGCCCAGGCUCUAAUCAACCGUGGCGUGAACCUCGACCCCUUGGGGAAGUGGUCGAAAACAGGACUUGUUAUUUAUGACUCCUCUGUGCCCAUUGGUGCCACCCCUGAGUAUCUGGCUGGGCACUACAUGCUGCAGGGAGCCUCCAGUCUCCUCCCUGUCAUGGCUCUGGCUCCACAGGAGAACGAACGCAUCCUGGAUAUGUGCUGUGCCCCAGGAGGCAAGACCAGCUACAUAGCUCAGCUUAUGAAGAACACAGGUAUGAUCUUGGCUAAUGACAGCAAUGCCGAGCGGCUGCGUAGUGUGGUAGGGAACUUGCAUCGGCUGGGAGUCACCAAUGCUGUAGUGAGUAACUGCGAUGGACGCCAGUUCCCCAAGGUGCUUGGAGGGUUCGACCGUGUCUUGCUUGAUGCUCCUUGUAGUGGAACGGGCGUCAUUUCCAAGGAUCCUGCUGUCAAAACCAACAAGGAUGAGAAAGACAUCCUGCGUUGUGCUCACCUGCAGAAGGAGUUGAUUCUUAGCGCUAUAGAUUCAGUCAAUGCUGCCUCAGAGACAGGGGGCUACAUUGUCUACUGCACUUGCUCCAUCACGGUGGAGGAGAAUGAGUGGGUUGUGGAUUAUGCCCUGAAGAAACGCAAUGUUCGUUUGGUGGCCACAGGCCUGGACUUUGGCAAGGAAGGCUUCACCAGGUUCAAGGACCGUCGCUUCCAUCCCUCCCUCAAGUCUACACGACGUUUCUAUCCCCACACGCACAAUAUGGAUGGGUUCUUCAUUGCCAAGUUCAAGAAAUUCUCUAAUGCCAUCCCGCAGGCACAAAAAGAUGAAGAACCUGCUGUGGAAGCAGCAGCUCCGUCCGCUGUCCCUGCUACCGUCAUGGAGCCUCAGCCAAAAAAGAAGAAACUUGAGGGAUCAAAAGUUGACAAAGAGCAGAAGCCACCACAGCCUGCUUUGAAGAAGAGACAUUCAUUGCAGGCACAGAGGAGACCCUUGAAGGCUGGCCGGCCUUCUCACAAAAUGAUGCGUCCUCAAGUCCCUGCCAGGAAGAAGCAUAGAGCGAAACCAAAUGGACAGUGAGAGGAACUGCUUUUCCAGGUGUUGGUCCCCUCCUUGGAGAGCAAAGGCCCGGGGGCUGCCGCAGAUAUCUGUGUACCACCUUGUCUUUCCUGCUCUGUGCAGAUAAUCUCUGCAGCACUGAGCGCCUGGGACAGCUAUAGCCCCGUUUGCUCCUUUCCCUCUGCAUCAAGGACUGAUGCACUGACCCAUUAAAAGUUUUAUACUCUU